AUGAUCGGCAUGGCCCGGCGAUUCGAUGAUUCGUAUAGCGAUGCUAAAGCGAGAAUCGACGAGGGACAAUUAGGCCGAACCUACAUGGUUAAGGCUGCCUCCAACGACCUCUACGACCCAUCUACCGCCGAUAAGUUUAUGAAAUACGCAGCCAAAUCGGGAGGCAUCUUCCUUGACGCUGGCAUCCACGACAUUGACGCUGCUAGAUGGCUGCUGCAGAUUGGCGAUCAGGACAAGGUGAAGAAGGUCUUUGCAAUCGGCACUAUUGUCAAAUUCAAAGACCUUGCCCAAUUCCAGGAUGCAGAUAACGCACUCGCCGUCGUCGAAUUCGAUAACGGCAAAUUCUUCACCUUCCAUACAGGACGUACCGCAGCGCAUGGUCACGAGUGUGUGUGUGAGGUUUUUGGAGAAAAUGGUAGAUUCACCAUUAAUCAGGGAAGUCGAUACUCCAAAAUUACUCCGUUGCUUCCGAAUGGGAUCAUGGUCAUCAAGAGUGGUCCAGAACCCACGCUUGAACCGUUUAGAUAUAGCUGA